AAAACCCCCCACCCCCCGAACAUUGACGACAGCAACAGAACUACAGAAGGUAGUUACAGAGACCAUGGCCACCACUACAGAACCCGACUCCAUCUUCUCCCAACAGAAUUCCAGGCUCCCAGACGACACCGUCUUCUACGCCAUCUUCCCAGACUUCGCUCUAAAUCCCAACACUACCCCUCCUGAGCCCUCCUCUUUCCAAUCCCUCCACCUCCAAAUCCUAAAAUCUCUCUCGCCUUAUACCGAAGGCUAUAUCUGGCAGCACGAGCCCUUCGCUCUCUCGCUCUCGUCCCAAUCCAAACCCUCCUGCCUCUGCUCCUCCGAUCUCCCCCACCUCCACGGCAAGCUCCGCUUCGGCGAUAACCUCGACGACGAGUGGUUCGCCGUGUUCCUCCUCUUCCACAUCUCCGCCACUUUCCCUUCCGUCUCGGUCCGAGUCUGGGACACUGACGGCGAGUUCCUCCUCAUCGAGGCCGCCUUCCACCUUCCCCGCUGGCUCAACCCCGAUACCAGCCCCAACCGCGUCUUCAUUCGCCAAAACUACCUCCACAUCGUCCCGAAAGACCGAAUUUCAAGUCCGAGUUUACCCGAUUCGCUCCGGUUCGUGAUAAAUUAUGGCGACGAAUCGCGAGCCCCGGAGCCGGUUCAGUCCGCGGUGAAGAGUAAGAUAUUGGAGUACCCGGAGCGGGCGAGGAGGAACAUGCACUCCGUUAGGGUUAGGGUUCCGGUGGCGGUGGCGCAGGUGUUGAGUCACGAGCCCUGUCUGAUCUCCCUUGCGGUGGAGGGGUUCUACGACCGAGACAUCGACGCGAUGAAGCACGCGGCGAGAAUGGAGAGGUUCGCGCCGAGAGGAAGAGAGGAGGAGCUGGUUCGGGUCUUGGUGAGGAUGUCGAAAGCCAUGUACGCGCAACUGGUGCAACAGACCUUUUCGGCGCCGAAAUGUUACCCAAUGCCGGAUCGUUCCGAUACGGCGGCGUAUUUGGAGGCCGAGUUGGGGAUGAAGAUCGCGUGCGGGUUCGAGAUGGUGUAUCAGAUGAGACGGAAGGAGGGUUUGGAAGGGAAGGGUAGCACGUGGGAGGCUUAUAGGGAGAGCUUGGAGAGUAGUGGGUACUUUGAAGGGUUGGUUCCUGGGUCCAAAGAGUAUCGGAGAUUGAUGCAGAACGCCGAGGAGUAUUACCACAAUAGUUCUUUGUUUUCGAGGGCCAGUGAAAUGUUGAGUGCUCCGGUGAGACGAAUUGAUGAAAUUCUUUCUUUGCCCCAUUUGGCGGAUGAUUUUAAGGGUCAGGAGGUUCCUCCUUCUGAUGAUGAUUCUUGGCUUUACAACGGAGAGGACGAGUUAAACUCUGCUCUUCUUGAGAGGCAAAAGGAGAUGGACCUCUAUAAUUCAAAACGUAAAAAGAAACAGAAAGGGAAUGAAGAUACUGGUCCUUCUUCCAGUUCUAAUGUUGAUGAGGCUGCUCUUGGUGAUAUAGCUAAAACCAUGCAGGCUUUUGUCCAUAAGGUUUCAAGCUAUAAGGGAGCUGAGGUUCCUGAAGACAGGAACCUGAAAGAAGUGGACCUUAAUGUUGACCGCUUUAUUCAAGACAUGGAAUCAGUAAUGAAGCGACAAGGUUUUGUGGAUGUUGGCAGUGAUGUUGAUAUUGAAGAAGGGUCGUCAUCUGACUUUGAUAUGGAUGACGAGUCUGAAGAUGAGAGUGAUACUGCAGAACCUUCUGAGGAUAACGAGGAUAGAGAUGAUUCUUUCUUGCGCUCCUAUUCUGAUGCUAUGAAUGAAGAGUUGAAGACCACCUCCCUCACAAAAAGUUUUGUUCGUGCUAAUGAGCAAGCGCCAAAGAAGGAUGAGGGAAAAUCAAAUGGCACAGAAGAUAUGGAGGAGGAUUUCAGUCCUGUGGAUGUGGAUGUGAACCUUGUGAAGAGCUUUCUUGAUUCCUUUUCCUCCCAACAAGGACUUCCCGGUCCUGCUUCCAAUUUGCUUGGGCUCAUGGGUGUACAGCUCCCACGCGAUGACAAGAAGGGCGAAUGAUUCUCUCUUCUUAUGGGUCCUGUCCAGUUUUGUAUUUGUUCUCUCCAAUAUAUAUAUAGUUCAUGACUAUAUAUAGAUUGUAACUCUUCUGCACAACUUCCUUAGCAAUGUAUAUUGUGGUACGCAUCAGCAUCAGGGCUUGUGCAUGACCGUGUGUUUAUAUUCAUUUUGGCGAGUGAAUGCAUACUUGGCGGAGUUUAAA